GCCGUCGAUACCUAUUAUGUCAGCAGACGACAACAUAGAUGAUAUACAUAAUAUCUCCCGGCACCCAGUCAGAAGCGAUCAUAACUCAGGUCCACAUACCAAUUUUCCCACAUUCGGGAGACUCGAUGGCUGGAGCUCAGUAGACAACUACGACUCCCUUCCUCAACGCUUCGCUGACACUGGGUGGGGCAGGCCAUCGUUCUUUCACAAUAUUUUGAACCACGUCGAACUCAGGCGUACAGAGGAGCAAACCACGCAAGACUCGCAAUCACAAUCUCAACUAUCACAUGGAGCUGGCAAUAUCAAUAAUUCACCUCAAAUACCGCACAGAAACAAUUCCUACUUCACACCAUUUUCUCCCACGGACAUGCCCAACAACUCUCAUAGCAUCGUUGACCUCACUACACCCGUUCAAGGUGAAUCUCAGGGGCAAUCCUCUCCAAUGUCUUCUCCAGAAGUCGGUCCAUCCACAAAGCGUAUAAGGAAGAACAACGGAGCUAGUCAAAGCAAAUCGACCAGCUACGGUCAACAGUCCGUCAUGAGUUCCGGUGACGAGGAUCCACUUGUGAACGUAAGCCGUAAACAACAAGUUACGGCCAUGACAGCACCAGAAGAGCAAAUCGGAAAGCCUUUGCGAAUGUCGAAUCUUCGCUGCGUCAUCUGCUUUGAGAGUCCGACGAACCUCGCCGUCACUACAUGCGGCCACUGGUUUUGUCAUACGUGCAUCAUGGAAACCCUUAUUGCUGGCGAGGCACGCGUUGCCGAAGGCGAAGCUCGCAGAUCCCAGUGUCCGAUUUGCCGGAAGACGCUCAAUAGGCAGAAGGCGGCAGAUGUUUUUCCUGCGCUGUUGAUGAAGAAGGGCCAGGCUACGCAGCCAAGAAGGACUGGGCGUGUCACUACAAGGACAUGAGUACUCCUGUGUUCGGGAAGGUGAGGGCGAUAUCUGGUGGCAAAAGUUUGGCGUUUAAUCAGGGUGUGAGGAGUCGGUGAUCUGUGUUUACAUGGCUUGGUGUUAUAGUAGAUAAAUGAGCUAUCAAGUACGAUAGUGACGGGCGCCUCCGAUUUAUACUGCUGGAGGUUGCCAAGAAGCUUCCAACGUGCAUAUCAACCGCAGGAGCCAAUUUAAGCUUCUCGGUUGAGGCUCUCUCUCCGAGUGGAUGAUCACCAUCAAUUUCCGUAUCUUAUCUCGUACCUACAUAAUUGCGCAGAUCACUGCAUCGUGUUCCAAUCCUUAUGAAUCCGGUUCGUAGCCACGUCAACGCUUUUACAACUCAGAUAAGGCGUUCAGGCUCUUCUCGGACUGUCCCUUGAUUCUCCAUGUGCUGACCUC